AUGGCUCAAACAAAUAGUACUACAAGCGUUGUGAAUUCUACCGAUAGUAACAAUCGUUCUACGAAACCAGCUGAUACACUUCGUCCUCAUUAUUAUACAACAUUUCAAAAUUAUUGUUGUGGUCCGAAAUCAAAAUCACUAACACCAACACAACCUAAAGAUGUUUUACCUAUUCCACAAAAAUUUAAAGACGCAGCUACGGAAUUGUUGGAGUAUAUCAAUCACGCUCUUAUUGAACAACUUACUGAAGUUGCAAAAUAUACAAGUGUUAUACCAUAUAAAUUCCUUGAAAAAAAUAAUUUUGAUAUUCAACGAUAUUUAAUUGAUCGUAUAAUGUUCAGAACGAUGAAUGAUGCUAAUGUUAUCAAUUGGAUUUCUUCAUUCAAAAGGCUCUAUCCAAUACGAACAUCAGGUAAUGGUAAUUGUCUUCUACAUGCUGUACUUAUUGCUAUGGUUGGCAUACAUGAUUUUGAUCUUUAUUUACGUGAUCGACUUGUACAAUUUAUGGAUGAAAAUAAAGAAAUAUUGAAAAAUCAUUGGAGAAAAGAACGACUUAAAUCAGAUAAAAAUUAUGGUAUAAGAUCAGAAGAUUCGAAGCUCGAUGAAGAAUGGAAUGAAUUGUGUGAUCUUGUUCGUUAUGAAAAUUCUGAAGAUGGACAAAUAGCAAGUCAUUUAGAGUUUCUUGAAGCUGUACAUAUAUUUUCUAUUUCAAAUAUGCUUCGUCGACCAAUUAUUGUUUUAUCUGAAGAUGUCAUUCGAAAUAAAAAUGGUGAAGCUAUUUCGGUUAAUGAUCUCUUUGGAAUUUAUUUACCUAUUCUUUCAACACCAAAUGAAUGUAUUACUGAACCUAUUGUAUUAGCUUACGAUCGAUCUCAUUUUUGUGCGCUACAAACCAGUGAUCGUAGUGUAGAAGGAGCAUUGGAUAAUCGUCUUCCACUUUAUCUAUCAAUUGACCAUGCAUAUGAAAAUGUUUCAUUACCUAUUCGAUUCUUAGGUGAUGAUGAAAACAUUGAACAUUCGAAUAAUUUACUUCGUGAUUAUUUACGAGUCCAAAAAUUAGAGUAUCGCUUUGAUGACAUUUCUUCACCAUUGUCUAUUUUAUAUGCGGAAUUGGGUACUAAACAUUUGCGAUUGAACAACAAUUUUUUCUGUGUAUAUCAGGAAUAUGUGAACGAUUUCUUUGAAGUACAAAAGCCAAAAGCAAUAGCAGAAGAACGAGAACGUGAGAGACAGCGUGACCUAGAUAAUUAUGUUAAUCGUCAUGUCUUUUAUGAUACUAAAGGUCGAUCAAUAAUUAAACAAGAAAUACCUUCAUCUUCAUCAUUUACACCGAUGUCGGCACGAUCGAAUACUACUCUGAAUGAUAGUCAAUCGCGCAAUCAAAAUAAUAAUAAUCAUGAUCAACAAUACUCAUACGAUGGCACUUACACUAAUGAUCCAUAUAUACCAUCAAAUAGCGUUGUUCAUAUUAACAAUUUUUCAAAUCAACCUCAGCAAUCACCAAGAACAUUCGAGCAUGCAAAAGUAGCACAAACAGAUCGAGAUACCAAUUAUACUGAUAUUGAACAAUUCAAACAAUCAUAUCCAAAAAAUAAUUUGAAUAAUAUUAGCAAUUUGAGCAAUUAUGAUAAACAGCUCAACACUGUUAGUGUUAAGCUAGGAGAGGACAGAUACAAAUUUAACCGAGAACAACAACAACAACAACAAAGUGUUAUUGAUAUUCCUGUUCAACAUGCAACAUCUCGUGUAUCAUCAAACGAUCCAACUUUAUUCAUUUAUGAAGAAAGGCGAGAUCCACUUCACAUAUGUAUUCUUUGUAGUCGUUCUUUUAACAACUUCAAAUCUACGCGUCUUUGUCCUAACUGCGAUUCUAAAUUGCAACUUUCUACUUCGCAUUAUGAUGAUCUUGUUCAUCAACCAUAUAUUCGAUCGCGAUCAACGAAUACACAUUUAACAGGAGAUAAUAAUCGUUAUGUUUCUGUUUCAUCACCAGUACCGAAGCCAAAAGCUCGCCGUAUAGUUAACUGUCCGUAUUGUAGAUCUUCAAAUUUGAAUUAUGCAUCGAGUGAUUCGACAUUUUCCUGCUCUGUGUGCAGAACUCUCAUACCCUCUUCAUAUUUAUAUUAUUAA